AUGGCCGACGAGGGGCUCAACAUCUACGAUGAAAUCGAGAUCGAGGAUAUGACCUUUGAUCCAAACCUCCAGAUCUACACUUAUCCAUGCCCAUGUGGCGAUCGCUUCGAGAUCGCAAUCGAUGAUUUGCGCGAUGGUGAGGAUAUUGGCGUUUGUCCAAGUUGUAGUCUUAUGAUUCGAGUUAUCUUUGAUGCGGCCGAUCUUCCUAAAGCUGAUGCGUGA